CGCGAGGUUGGUUUAGCCCUUUGUACAGUGUAUUAGCCUGUGCUGUAAGUUGUCUCUCACAGUAACAGCACAAUGAAUUGUGAACAUUGACAACACAUGGAUCCAUUGAGGUUCUGUUAGAUACAAGUGAGAGCUGUGGAUGGAAUAGUUUGAUUGAUCUCCUUCAAGCACCUAGCACAUCCCAGCUCUGAUCUUUGACCUCACUGUGAUUGAAAAUCUACUGCUUUCAGUAACCUCCUCAUGUGCAUCAUCUUCUUGAAGUUUGACCCUCGGCCUGCAUCCAAAAAUGCCUACAGGCUUAUUCUGGCUGCUAACAGAGAUGAGGUCUACAGCAGACCAUCCAAAGCUGCAGACUUCUGGGGCAGCAACAAUGAAAUCCUCAGCGGUCUGGACCUGGAAGAGGGGAAGGAAGGUGGAUCAUGGCUGGGAAUUAGCAAACGUGGGAAAUUGGCAGCACUGACCAAUUACCUGGAAGCACGGCAAAAUCCAGAUGCUCAGGGGAGAGGUUUCCUGGUGUCCAACUAUUUGACGGAUAACUUGGACAGUUUGGCGUACCUCCGUAAAGUGUCUUCAGAAGCUCAUUUAUAUAAUGGCUUCAAUCUUCUUACUGCUGACUUCAGGGCCAAUGAAGACACAUUGUGUUACUAUGGAAACAAGGGCAGUUCAGAGCCCAUUCAUCUCAAAGCAGCAGGAAUCUAUGGGUUGAGUAACUCUCUUCUGGAAACUCCGUGGAGAAAACUGCAGCACGGCAAACGGCUGUUCACAAGCGUAGUGAACAAAACACUGCCACCUGAUGGCCUAGUGCAGGAACUGCUCAAUAUCCUCAAUAACGAGGAGCUAAACACCCCGGACCCUGCGCAGGAGAGUCAAGGUGUGGGCUACAGUAAGGCCAUGCUUCAAGCCCUGUCCGCAGUGUGUGUGCGCUCACCAGGAUACGGCACAAGGACCAAUACAGUCAUCCUCAUUGACCGAGAGGGAAACGUGAGCUUUACGGAGCGCACCAUGCUAAACUGUGACAUCACCCAGUGGAGCACAAAUAGCUUCCACUUCAAACUGCAAGAAUGAGGGCCAGAUCCCAGGCCAAGGGUAGAAGACUCUCACGCUGUGCCUUUAUCCAGCCACUAUCUGCUCAAGCCAUGCAGCACCACUGUUUUUACCAAUAUAAACAUCAAGACUUAAUUCAGACUUUCCAGCUGAAACAGGAAAGCGGUUAAUUAUUGCUACUGCUCUGUUCUGAGAGGAAGCUUGUUUGCACGUUCCUUUUUUUUUUCUAGGUAAUUGUUCUUUUUAAUAACCAGUGGCUCAGGAGAAGGCUCACAUGGAAUCUGCAACCACAAUCUUCAAUACUGAAAUCCAUCCACAGAACUCUUUCAGAUCAGUUCAGAAAGCAGUGCAGAUUCCAUCUGAAUCUACUCAUGAGGUGUUUUUUUUUUUUGAGUGCAUGUCAUUCAGUCUGCAUCUAUUAAAGGAGAAGUCCACUUCCAGAACAACAACUUACAAAUAAUGUACUCACCCCCUCGUCAUCCAAGAUGUUCAUGUCUGUCUUUCUUCAGUCGUACUUAAAAAGUAUUUAAAUUGUAUUUUUUUAAUGAAAAUAACCAAUCGUUUCACUAGAUGAGACCUUUCUUCCUCAGUUGGGAUCAUUUACAACCGCAUUUGUGAUCGUUUGAAGCCGCAUUUAAAUUGCUUUUUGAAAGUUCAAAAUCGUGGGCACCAUAUCAGUCCAUUACAUGGACAAAAAUGCAGAAAUGUUUACCUCAAAAAAUAAUUUCUUUACGACUGAAGAAAGAAAGACAUGAACAUCUUGGAUGACAAGAAGGUGAGUACAUUAUAUGUGAAUCUUUGUUUUGGAAAUGAAUAUAGAAGUGAAGAAGUAUGAAGAAUGUAAAAUGUUGUUUAUCAUCCACUGAAUCCCAUUUUAUCACAAACUGUCACUGGCAUGAAAUGCUGUUGGACAGAGUCGUUUAAUGAACAAGAUGUCUACUGCCAAAGAAUGAUUGUGUCAGUCACAAUCCUUAUGAACAGAAGAAAAUAAAUCAUCUUCAUAAUCUUG